CCGCCCACUGCCUACUGCCCACGCUGUCCAACCUCAUGCUCUGCCUUCCCAUAAUACACCACCUUAAGCCCUCAUCUUUGCCAACGUGUCACUAGACCACCCUUAACCAUGGCGGAGAACAUGCCCACACCGGCAUCUCCUGGCACCGGGCGCUAUCCUGGCCCUGGCUUGUUGUCUAGCGGCACUUCCGACACGGCAGACGAUAGUGGACCGGAUCUCAGCGAUAGCCCUCCGGAGAUACGUAUGCUGCGCUGCAUUGAGCGGCACGAUAAGGAUUUCAGAGAAAAGCUCGACGUCUUGACCAGACUAACGAAGAUGGUCGCCCGCGACCACGCCAAGUCCAUCCGCCACUUGAAGAAGGCUUGCAUGGGAUACGCUCCCGGAAAUCGAAGCAACCAUCAAACACGACCCGCCCCAACAGCUCCUGAACCGACCGUCGAAGAAUCCAUCUGGGCUGCUCCACGGCAAGCGGAGGAAGCAACGGAAGAACAUUUCGUCGAGAAUUCAACAUCCAAGCAACUGACCUCCACUUUGAUCCCCCAGGACGUGGCAAACGCCGCAAUUGGAUCCCCUCCUCAGACAGUGUUACCGCCUGCCGCCGGCGACCCUCUACCUAAUGGUGAUAACCACGAGUUGUAUCAGCCUUCUCGCUUGGAGGAGCCUUCCGGAGAGGAACAUGAGAAUUCAAGUCUUGACGAUACAGACGAUGACCGUGGUUCAUCUUAUUCCACUGACGACGAUGAUCAUGAUAAGGAUAUCAUCCAUGAAGAGUCUCCCACCGCGGACGAGACCACGCGGAUUGCCCCUGCGGAAACGCAGCCUACUACUACUACUACUCCACCACGAAGAGUUGCCGCUCAAAUUCGACAAGCACCAGCAUCUCAACCUAGCAAAAGCUCUCAGGCGACUCGCGAUGGAUCUCGGCGUUGGACGGACGCUGAGGAAAACUUUAUGAUCGACACCAUCCAUGAUUUGAUGCAAGAACAAGACCUUGGACCGACAAAGACGUACAUGUGGCAACGUGCGUCCGCCAUUCUCAGCACGCGUGGCUACGAUCGCACCUUCCAACAGAUGAUGGCGAAAUGGUCUUGCGAUACUCGCCACAAGUGCGAAGCUCGUGGCUUGGCUUGGGCUGCUACCGUCAUGGCUAAACUCCCACACAUGGUGCGGAAGCGAAAGUCAUCACUAGGCGAUGCCGAAGGAGAGCGGGCCUCGGCAAGAGAUGGACAGCCAAAGGUCAAACGAGUCAAGAUCAAGUCUCAGAAGGUUCUCGACACUCAAGCUCAAGCGCCUGAUCAACUAUCGUCUUCAGCUCCUAGUCAUGUUCAGGAUCCUCAAUCAAGCCUGAAUGGACAAGUCAGGCCAAUGAAGCCAAAGAGAAGAUCUCGAAAGAACAUUGACGUUCACCCAGCACUUAGUCCUCGACAAGGCUUUACCACGAAAUUCGACUCAUUGCCUACAACAUCGGGAAACCAUAUGCGUCUGCGUUUCAUAUGGAGUCACGCCUCGAGUGACAUCGUGCAAGUGGAUUGGUCUCCAGAUGCGAAGUACUUUGCGGCUGCCAGCAACUCGAUAUUCGAUCCCUCGACAAACUUUAAGGACAAUCGUCCGGUCAAUUUGAUUCAUGGUUCACUGCCUUCCAAGACGCUUCGAGAGCUUCCUGAACAUCGAGUCGCUGGUAACGUCGACGCCGGUCAGCCAAAACACGUAUAUCAGACUGUCAGCGCAGUCCGAUUUGCUCCGACCGGCCACAGGAUCUACAGUGCUGGAUUUGACAACAAGGUGCGAGUCUGGGACGUGGAGGAUGAGGCUUUCAUCCACUGCAAGGCAGAAAUCCAAUAUCCGCAGCGGCUAGAAGUCGUGGACGUUGCCGGGGAGCAGAGCCCAUUAUUCGCCACUGGGACAGCAGGCGGACCCCGACCGAUCCGGGUCUUCUUUGCCGACUCUGACGUGGAUUCCCAGCCUCAAGAGAUCCAUUACCUUCGGGAAACAGUCCGGAAAGCAUUCCCAUACUCGCCGACGUGCCUCAAGUUCGGACACGCUCGUAGCCGCGAUUGGUUACUGGCAGGCUUCGGCAGUGAUACCGAGGGUGGGUUUGGCGAAGGCCUUACAGCAAUGUGGAAAUUCCGCGAGGCCUCCUGUGAACAGUUGCAUUCUCCCCGAGGAGAAACAUUCGUGUUUGAUUGCGCUUGGUCUCCUUCAGGUGAGCUUUUCGCCAUCGGAAGCGCAAGUGACGCGAUGUCGAGGGCCGACACGGCAGAGAAUUCGGUGGUCAAGUUGUACUCGCCGACCCAGCCGGACUCACUCGCGAGAUAUAGCUGUCGUGCCAAGGAUAUCAACGAUGUGACCAUUGACUACGGACUUGUCACAGCCUCGUGUACCGAUGGCUCGACGUACGUUUGGGACCAACGUCAGCCUCAAAAGCCAUUACAUACGCUGGCUCAUGGUCAACCCGUGAUGCAGCUUCUCCCUGGCGCAGACCGUGAGCUUGAAGAUGUGGGGGUCAGAUACAUCGAGUGGAGUCAUAAUACUGGACAAUUGUACACGGGGUCUAGUGACGGCUUCCUGAAGUAUUGGGACACACGCCGCUCGCCGGCUGAUGUCCUGCUCGAGGACCUUGUGGAUACUGGUCGUGAAAUCCUGUGUGGACGUCUUUCGCCCGAUCAUUCAUCCUUGCUGCUCGGCGACGAAGAAGGGCGUCUGCAUCUACUCAGCACGUCGAAUGGUCCAUCUCCGGAGGAGCAGUUUCAAUUCCGCGUGGCCGAAGGAUGGAACAAUGACAACUAGGGACUACUCUUACGGAAGGAUGAAAAGUGAUCAAUGAAGAGACCGGUCGGAAACGAAGACUGAUGAAUGUGUAGGACAAUAGUGGCAGGAACAGGAAUGGCAGGAUUGAGAUAUCUUUAUGGGCAAGAACAGAACCUUCAGGACCACUCUCUGGGAGGUAAUGUCAUGUGUUGCUGGCGCUCAACUUGCCACGGGGGCAUAAAGGUAUUUGGUGCCCUUUCCGAGCUUAAUAUUUGUGCGGAAUCGGCUCUUUUUUGCAUGGUUCGAGGAGAGCAGCACGUCGAUCAGACAAGGAAUGGCGAUGCCGGCACCGCCAUGACCUUCACCCUUUCUGUUGAAUGACUGGCCAGACUGAGGCUCUUUCAUAGUUUCAACGAGGACUGUAAUUUGCACUUGACCGUCACGUUGCCCCUAAUGUCCCAUGACAUCGCAGCAAUUGGGAUAAGACGAAACGCAUAUCUUGCCACGAACAUGGCACCUCAUGAACAGAGAGGAUGAUCUAGGAAGAGCCGGGAGCCAACUGAGGCCCGAGGCCUGACAAGGCCUGACGACAGCGUGGACGAG